UCUUACAUAAGUGGAAAAAACAUGCUUCCUGUUAAUUCUGUACAUAAAAAAUAGUCUAGAAGAAAUAAAUACUUGGAAGUUCAUUGGUUAAACUGUAAGGACCUCAUGACUAACUAAAGCUCUCAGGCUUACUGUAACGGGAGAAAGUUCAUUGCUGUCCGUACUUCAUGUAGCUUUUUUUAUGUCUCCUUUCAAUUCACUUUAUAUCAGGAAAAUGUGCCAAGCCUUUCAGAGACUGAGAAAAAUCAUUACUGUGGAGCCAGUUGUUUUUUUUUAUAUGACCGGAGCAUUUCUCCUACUACCAGCUGUUCAGCAGCUAAUAUUAGCAAAGGUUUGCCAGGAAUUAUAUAAUGAAGAUAUCUGCAGUCAAAUUGGAAAUCAUGUUGAAGAAAAUCAAGUGAUUCAGAGCAAAUCAUCCUAUAUCUUGCUUGCUUUCUCUGCAGUUAUGAGCCUUGUAUCAAUACCUCCAUCUCUUCUUCUUGGCUCUUGGUCUGACCGGGAAGGUCGAAAAUUAGGAAUGAUUCUACCAAGCAUUUGUUCUAUGGUGACCGGAGGAAUUUUAAUAACUGUCACAAAAGUGCAACAGCUUAAUGUUUACUGGACUAUUUUGACAGCUUUUACAAUUGGUGUAUCGGGUGGGCACGUGGCAAUAUUUUUAAGUGCUUUCAGUUAUUUAUCUGAUGUUUCAGACACUGACCGGCUUACACUGCGCAUUGCAAUUGCAGAGUCAAUGGUUUUCGUUGGUGGAACAGCUGGAUUUCUUUUAAGUGGAAUUCUGAUAGAGCAUUUUAGUUUCACACAUGUGUUUGCAACAUACUGUUUCUGCCAUUUCCUGUCUGUGUUUUAUGUACUGCUUUGGCUACAAAAUCCAACAUCAGUGGACAGGAGAAUAAAUAUUCUGAAUGAAGUACAACAUCAAGAACGAAUCAUUCAAAAAUUAUCGAUUUGCACAUAUGUUAAAAUGUCAUUUGGUUCAGUUCUGAAAAAAAGACGUUUACAAGAUAGGCUGAAACUUCAUCUACUAAUCCUUUGUACAUUUUUGCUGAAUGUUUGCAGUAUUGGUGAACAGAAUGUCACACUUCUAUUUCUGAUGUAUCCCCCAAGGAAUUUUAGCAGUCUGUUAUAUGGAGGAUUCACCUCAGCCAAAAUGUUGCUUUCAGGCUUCUGUUUGUUUGGACUCUUCCCAAUCCUUCUUCACUUUGUUGGAGAGAUGACACUUGCCAAAGUGGGUACCAUCAUGAGAGCGGCAUCUUUAAUUCUAAUGGCCUUUUCCAGUAACACUUGGAUGGUAUUUCUAGCUGCAGGAAUUGGAGCAGUUUCUGGGUUUACACAAGCAGUAGUUCGCUCUGUGUCAUCAAGGGUUGUUGAACCCAGUGAGCAAGGGGCAAUGUUUUCCAUUAUGGCAUCAGUGGAGGCUACAUGUAUCAUCAUCGCAGCGGGAAUUUUCAACACCCUUUAUCCAGUAACGCUGACAAAUAUUCCCGGCAUGUCAUUUCUUGUCAUGGCCGCUUUUAUCAUCAUUACAUUUAUCCUUGUCCAGUGGAUCAGUGAGAUGCCUGUUACUCAGCAGCCUCUUUUAAUCGUUGAAGAAUAAUAUUUUUAUUAUUAAGUUAUCUACACAAUGGUCAAAAUGAACUGGCUUUGAAAAAAAACUGAAUAAAGAAAACUUAAUAAUCAAUUUUAAAUGGAAAGCAUGCUUAUUUACCCGAAGAAGUAACUUAUGCAGUUAACUUUGGGAAGCAUUUUAUCAUGUUUACAUUAAAGUACUGCAAUCUAUUAAAACAAUUGUAGGAAAACGUAUGUGUGUUAGUAUGUUUAAUAUAAUAUUAUUCUUAAUAAAAUAAUGAAUUAAUAUAAGUUAAAAAAACAAACCAAUAUAGA